GGAUUUUAUGGAUUGCCAUGGUCAUUCACCGAUCGUUUAGACCUUUUUGAAAGACUUAAAAAAUGGGGACUUAAUACCUACAUUUACGGCCCCAAAGAUGAUUACAAACAUCGUUCAGCGUGGAGGGAUUUGUAUACUGAAACUGAAGCAGAUUUAUUUAGAGCGCUGAUAAAAAAUGCCAUCGUAAACGAUGUUAUUUUCGUUUACGCAAUUUCACCUGGAAAUGAUAUCUGUUAUUCAAACGCUAGCGAUAUUGCUGCAUUAAAAGACAAACUUGAUCAGGUUCGUAGCUUUGGCUGCGAAGCAUUUGCCGUUUUUUUCGACGAUAUUUAUUGUACUAUGAGUAAGAAAGAUAAGGGGAAUUUUGCAAGUUUCGCUGAUGCCCAUGUUUAUAUAGCUAAUUUAAUUUACGAACAUUUAAACAGACCGGCCGUAUUUAUGUUUUGCCCAACUGAGUAUUGUGCUACUCGAGCUGUCCCGAGUGUAGAAAAUUCUCCUUAUUUAACAGUGAUUGGCGACAAGCUCCAUCCCGACGUUAAAGUAUUAUGGACAGGACCAGACGUGAUUUCACCGUUUAUAUCGGUCGAUUCCAUUCUCGCAUUACAAGAAAUUUUAAAGCGUAAACCGAUAAUAUGGGAUAAUAUUCAUGCCAACGAUUAUGAUCAUUCCAGAAUAUUCUUAGGGCCGUAUCAAGAUAGGCCUAUUGAACUGGCUAAGGUCUUAAGUGGUGUUAUUACAAAUCCAAAUUGCGAGUAUAGAAUGAAUUAUGUACCUAUUCGAACAUUUUCAUUAUGGUGUCAAAGU